AUGAUAUUCACACCAACCUUCGACUUCCCCCUCGAAACAAUAUCUUCCAGACCUACCUACCUAGACCCCAUCCCCACUCCGCGUCCUCCCCCUCCCCCCGCCCUUCCCUCCUACACCUCUACACCUAUCAAUCCACCGCCUCCCGCGUACACCGGACAAGAUACAAGCGCUCCAUCGCAAGCACAGCAAGAUACCACUCCGACAGCGCCUCUAUCAGUAGCCGCAACAGGCGAAGCACAAACAGCUAUCCCACGCACGACACCAAAGCCUGGGGUUUCUACACAGUUGGAAGCGGUAUCGCCGCGAGAACUGGAAGCAGGAAGAACGGGAACGACAAUGCCGGAGGCAUGGCGCAAGGCGCUGGUUUUCCUUACAUUUGUGAUCAUAAUGGUGCUAGUGGGGGGUGCUCUUUACGGUGUCGUUGAAAUACUACUACUGUGA